CAAACCCGCCUCGUCUCCCCUGUGCGCACACCUCAAAAUCCUUGCCUCCAGAAAAUUCCCUGCGGACCUAUUAUCACCCUCCAUCCGAUGGCCAAACGGCUUUUAAACUCUGCCGUCCGGUUAUACAACAAUAAUUUUCAGCGUCGGCCUGAUACGACGUUAAUCGUUACAAAUGGCGCUUUGAAUGGUGUCGCUGAUGCCUUGGCCCAAGCGUCCAGCAUUCUGCUCCACAAACCCACCCCCAAAUCACCCCUAGCCCCGAAAUACGACUAUGCCCGCACACUGCGCUUCACCAUCUUUGGCAUGGCCAUGGGCCCCUUUGUAGGCCGCUGGAUGUCUUUUCUGGAGAAACGGAUACCGAUGGGUAACAUUGUGAGGAGUGGGAGGGUGGCGGUGCCGGGGAGGGUGGUGAAGCAGAGGGGAGGAGAUAAUGCACAGCUGGCAAAGAGAGUUUUGGCGGAUCAGGCGAUCAUGGGACCGAUAGAUCUAGCUCUGUUUGUGGGAUCAAUGGGCAUCAUGGAAGGACUGUCUCAGGCUUCCAUCAUUGAGAAAUUCCAAGAUGUACGUCUCCUUUUAACCCCCCUCUACUUUCACUGCUUGCUGGCGCUCCCAUCAGAAAACUGACACUUCUUACGCGCACACAGAUCUUUUGGAUCGCUCUUAUUGCAGAUUGGGCAUACUGGCCUAUAGCUCAGACAAUCAAUUUCAAAUAUAUGCCCCUCCAAUACCGCGUCCCGUUCCAGAGCACCUGCGGGAUAGCUUGGACUGUGUACCUCAGCAUAUUGAAUGCCAAUGAAAAUAAGAAUCUGGAGGAGCAGCAUCAUACAACACAUGUCUAGCCAUGAUUACUUUCCGCCUCGCAAAACUUCUCAUCCCUUCCAUAUAUCUGCAUGUCAACAAGGACAAUCCCUG